GCUGAACGGAUCAUGUGGCAGGCUUGCCUCGGUGCUGCGAAGCACACUCACACCACCCUCCAUGGUCUCCCGUAGGUGGCUGCAUGAGACUGGGCCGUGGCGGUCUGUGGAUCAGAAUAGGAGGGCAGAGGAGCCACCCCGCACCUUUGACCCGGCACUGCUGGAGUUUCUGGUGUGCCCGCUCUCCAAGAAGCUGCUCAGAUAUGAAGCAUCAACACGUGAAUUGAUUAAUGAAGAGUUGGGAAUAGCAUAUCCAAUCAUUGAUGCCAUUCCUAAUACGAUACCACAGGAAGCUAGGAUGACACAUCAAAGUCAGAAGCAAGAAGAAAUGGAGCAACUGGCAGCAUUUUCAGGUGAAAGUAAAGCGCAUCAUUUAUCUUGCCAGAGGAAUACACAGCUGCUACAUUUGGCCAUUUCAUUCAGACUAGUUGUCAUUAGUCAAGUACAUAGAAAUACAUACAGUGCUAGUAUUUUUCAAAUGCCUGUAAAAGGAAUAUGGCGAUUUAUUUCUUUGUUGUUGUCAAAUCGUUAA